AUGGAUUGCCAAGGUAGGUAGCAAUGCAUUAUAAAAUUUUCUGGAUGCACCCAAUGACCCAACAUCGUUUCGAAUUAUGCAGUCGAGUUCUAUUCCCGCAACCUCUCUUCCCAGCCAGGCCCAUUAGCCAUCCUCGCCUGUCGCCUCUCGGCACUUUUCAUCACGCUGAAAGAGAGAAUGCAAAGGUCUUCUUUAUGAUUCCAAUUCUCCGCAGGCUAUCAAAGUCAGUGCCGGCCAUAGACCCGCUCUCGAAGCUUAUGGACGCGUCCAGCUCCUUAGGAGGCUCUCGGAGACUUGCCGCCUUGGCCCAACAGCUCCGCCUUUACAAGGCUCCGCCUACCCUCGAGGACAUCAACGAGCAGUGCCUCGAAGAAACCGCUGGAAAAGUGGUUUCCCAGGUUGGUUUUCCGGAAUCGGCCACUCCAAUUGCGCAAGAUCCAGAAAGUUUUAGACCCAAGAGAGCCGCUGUUUUGGUCUGUCUUUUUGAAGGGGAUGCUGGGGAUCUGCGCGUGGUUCUCACGAAGCGGUCUGCGAGGCUGUCCACUCAUUCCGGUGAAAUAGCAUUGCCGGGUGGGAAAGCUGACGAGGGGGAUAAAGAUGAUGUAGAUACUGCUACAAGGGAGGCGAGGGAGGAGAUUGGGUUGGAUACUUCACUUGUCAAUGUUGUCACUGUACUUGAACCUUUCUUAUCUAAGCACCUCCUGAGAGUUGUUCCUGUUAUUGGCAUACUUAAUGAAAAGAAAGCAUUUAAGCCUGCUCCAAAUCCUUCUGAAGUGGAAGUAGUUUUCGAUGCUCCCUUGGAAAUGUUCAUCAAGGAUGAAAAUCGGAGAGCAGAGGAGAGAGAGUGGAUGGGGCACAAGUAUCUCGUUCAUUUCUUUGACUAUGAAACAGAAAACAAGAAGUACUUGAUAUGGGGUUUUACUGCAGGUAUCUUGAUAAGAGCUGCAUCAGUUGUGUUUCAACGGCCACCAGCUUUUGUGGAACAGAAGCUCCCUUUCAAGAUUCCUAGAGUUCUUGGAAAAGAUACACCAUAAUACCUUAAAUUCGAGGAAGAUAUAGAGGGGUAUGAGUAUGAGAAUCAUCUUUCCUGCAACAAUGUCCUCCGCAACCUGCAGUUGUUGGACUUGUAUAACUAACUUCAGUCGAUUGAUGUUUAAACCAAAAGUAGCUGAAACAUUUCAGACUGGAUGAGUUAACCCAUAUCAAAUGUUGAACAGAUCUUCACUCAGCCUUGACAAUUCGCCUUUCUUCAGGUCAGUUUGUCUACGGCCUGAGAAUUUUCUUAACUGUGAGUCAUUGCAGGAUUUGGUCUCAAGCACAGAGUUAUCCAGUUUCUCAUUAACACAUUUGAGAAGCUUAUCUUCAUUAAUAACUUCUUGUAAAGUUAAAGAGGGAAGAGUAAUCGUGCCACUAUUAUUGAAGAUGGUGUGAUGGAUGCCAGUGUUCCUUUGCUUUUCUAUGAUAAUGACAAACCAUGCAAAAUUCUCUUU